AUGUCCACAACAACGCCACGCAGAGUCGGCGAAUCCUCGUGGACCGAUGAGGAGAAGCAGCGCCUCCACAGGCUGCGAACAACGGGCAAUACGAAAGGUAUGCCUUGGACAGCUUUCCACAAGCUCAAUCACUUUCCCAACCACACCGACGCAGCUGUCCAGAUGCAAUUUUACCGGAUGACAUCUAUGACUAUUAGUGCCAGGAAGAGAAGGGAACGUGGAAGCUCUGGCGAUACAACGCCGGCGAAGCGGCCAGCAAUGGACGGGAAUGGCUCGUCCGCCAAGCAUCAGGAUCCUAGGGUGUUCCAUGAGACAGACUCUGAGAGUAGCGAGGAUGAAGGCGAUAUCUAUGAUAACCCUGGAACAGCUAAGAGCGCAACAAGCGCGAAGAGCAACGGCAUGAACUCGCUGGCAGGUAUUGGCGGCGGUGGUUCCCGACCAACAGGUCAAGGUGCCUCGCAGUCACCAAGUACCCAGACGCUAUCAAGCCACUCACACCUACAAAACGCCAUUCAACACACCCAGUCCGCGGUAGCGACAGUCCCAGCGCGGAAAGCUGUCGAGCCAGUCAGGAGCUCUUUCACGCCCGUUAAUCAAACCGCCCCCUUACAGACCGUCCAUAGAAGGCAGUCUGCACCCUUGACGGGCACUGCGCCGACGCAGAGCCCACCCGCAAACUUGGACCAUCAGAACCUACCGGAGUCUUCUCGGGCAACCCCAAACCAAGAUCCAAAUCUCGAACGGCCGCCGCAAUCCGCGGUGUCAACUAGCCCACAACAGUUUCUGAACAGCCGUCCGGCUACUGAAGGAGAACAGCGCUCGAAGCCAUUGGAGUGGCGUCAGGAGGAGGAGGAGCAGGCGAUAACUCGGCGGUGGCUUACCCAACUGAAUAAGGAUGGCGAGGAGCUGAUUAGUCGGCUCAAAAGCUGCCUCAAGAAUGCUCAGCAGGCUGCCCAGGUUCAAAAUGAAGAGCUUGCUGCCGAGUGUAAUGAGCUUAGAGACAAGUUAGCUGCGGAGACUAAGGAGAAGGAAGGAUAUGUCAAGGAGAUUGGACAACUCAAGGCGGAGGUCAAGAGGAUGGAAGAGGAGCAGGUGCUGAUGGAGGCGGCGAUGAAGAAGAUGGAAGAGGAGCAGGUGAAGAUCUUGGAGGAUAAGAAGAGGAUAACGGGCGUUUGCAAGACGCUUGAGGAGUUGGUUGGGUUCAUCAAGCAUUAG